AUGUCGGAGUACAAGGUGGAGUAUGAUUCGGAGCUGGAUUCCUUCCAGCUCUACCACCGCUACGAAGAACCCCAACCGAACCUCGACUGGAAGCGCGCCGCUCUCAGCGGGCCCGCACUUCCAGCGCUGGGCAAUGCCGUCGCGGGAGCAGUCGGCUCCGCGCUCUCGAACGUCGCGACGUAUCCGUUGAGUUUGAUCGUUGCGCGAUUGCAGACGCAGAAGGUGAGAAGGGGUACGGAGUCGGAGAAAUCAGAGUUGGACGACGAAUACACCAGCGUCCUCGAUGCAGCACGCAAAAUCUACGCCGAGGAAGGAAUCGCCAGUUUCUACACGGGUCUAGCGCAGGAUACGAUAAAGUCCGUUGCGGAUUCGUUUCUCUUCUUCCUUGCAUACGAGUUCUUUCGUCAGCGGAGGAUACGCGCUCGGUUUGGGAAUACGCGCCGCAGCAAACAUACUGUUUUACCGGUGCUGGAUGAGUUAGCGGUGGGUGUUUUGGCGGGGGCGUUUGCCAAGCUGUUUACGACGCCGUUGGCGAAUAUUGUAGCGAGGAAGCAGACGGCUAAGGAUGUUGGUGGUGGGAGUACGAGGGAGAUUGCGGCGCGGAUUAGGGCUGAGAAGGGGAUACGGGGGUUCUGGUCGGGGUAUUCGGCUUCGUUGAUACUCACGCUGAAUCCGUCGAUUACGUUCUUUCUGAAUGCUGUGUUGAAGUAUGCGUUGUUGCCGAGGAGUCAGCGACAGAAGAGACCGUCUGCUGUGGCGACGUUCUUCUUGGCGGCCGUUAGCAAGUCGAUUGCUUCGUCGGUGACUUAUCCAUUCUCGAUGGCGAAGACGCGGGCGCAGGUUGCGGGGAGUCGAAUUACGGUGGGAGCUGAUGGGGAACAGAAGAAGGAGGAUGAAGGGGUGUCGUUGAUGCCGGCGAUUGUUAGUAAUGUGGCUGCAAUUGCGCGCACUGAGGGUGUUGCUGCGCUUUACGCUGGACUACCUGGGGAGGUGCUCAAGGGGUUCUUUUCACAUGGGUUUACGAUGCUCGCGAAGGAUGCGGUGUAUUCGGCUAUUGUGAAGAGUUAUUAUCUGCUGCUCAUUGCGCUUCGGAGGUAUCCCACCCCGGAGGAACUACUUCAAAGGGCUCGCGAACAGGCGGAGGAGUUUGCUGAUGCUGCUCGUGAGGGUGCUCGUGAUUUGGCCGAGAGGACACGGAGUGGCACGGAAGAAGCCCUGAGUCACCAGGCCGGGGGUGUGACGGUGGAUAUGACUUCCAGUGAUUUGGCGGAUUCAAACGAAACGGCGGAGAUGGUGGGAGAUUAUGUCGAGGAUGAUGGUAGUGCGAAGAGUCUGUAUCAUUGGUUUUGGGAGAAGGAGGGAUAUGGCAAGGACUGA